CCUGCAAGUUUCUAGUCAGUUGUGAGAAAGGCAAGGUUCUGAGAAGAGUUUCAUGUCCUCUGAUUGACUACUGAAAGAAACAGAGUAUACCUGACGAGAGAAAUUUGUUAUCAAUGAACCUAUAUAGGAAUUUUGGGAAUCUUCUGGAGAUUUGGGUGACCGAAGGCCACCAGGAUUUAUACUUACAGCCUGGACCUGGUGUGGAUGGAUUAGAUUCCCUUUCUGGGGACUCUGUCCCACUAUCCAAUGUAAAAUCAAAAUCUGAGGACUCCGGAUUUGAGACGGUUAGUACAACUAGUCCUUGUCAUUCUCACCAGUGUAGUGUUUUGACAUCUGAAGAAUCACAGCCAGUUUUUGGCUCUACAGAGGAUGAGGUUCGACCUUCAUCCCCGUCUCCUUCUAUGAGCUCAUCCUCAAGUGUUGAUCUCAGCUCUGUGGCUCUAAAAACGACACAUCUGGAGGUGGAGCAAGUCUUGAGACGGACAGAUUCAGGCUCAUGGAGAGGACCCCUGCAGCAGAUUGAAAGGGGGACUGGUGGGCCACGGUAUCGCUCUAACACUGCCUCAUUUCCAUCCAGCUUUCACUCAAACUGCUCCAGGCCACGUCAUCGGCUUGCACUUCCAAGGAGAACUCAUUCACAACCUCCAGAUUCCAAGAAAGCGGAGCUGUACAGAAAAUGCCUAAAGUCAGACCAACAUGGCCAACCAGUAGACAUCCAGCUGGAGCUUGUGGACAGUGAUCAUUGCAGGCUGGACAAGCUGUCUCCAGGGUUGCUGUACCUGGAACAGGUGUGCAGGAUGAUGGAGAACAUUGCAACGCUACAGCAGCAAAACUACAGCCUGCAGAAAGAAGUGGAGAUCCUGAAGAGUCAGCAUGCUGAAAAAGAGCUUGGAAGCUUUCAUGAGGAGGUAAUAAGCUAUCCAGCCAGCCAAAGUUUACAGAUUCUGGGUCAUGAAGAUCCACCCAGUGAAUCAACUCACCUAAAAGAACCCAUGGGAUUUCGUCACAGAUCAGUAUCUGACACUCAGGCAGCCGUCGGCCGUCACAGGAGAACAAUGUUUGUUCGAGACAAACCUAUUGUAGAUGUCUUAGUUGAGGAACCUGAUGGUAAAGAUUCUUUACCAGAAAAUGAGCAAAAAAAGCUGAGUAAGAUCCAAAAGCUGAAAUUUGCAUCAUUUAGAAGAAAGGAGACACAACAGUCUGACAGAGAAAGCAAAAGCUUUCAGCCUAAGAAGAAAACAAGAAUGCCAAGCUUUUUCAGUAGGAGUAGAAGUAUGACUACACGUCUCUAACAUUGAUGCCCAGUGAUGGUGAUUCACAUCUCCCAUUUACCUGAGGAUUAUGGCACUUUUAUAUAUAUAGCUUGUUUUAUUCAAGUAUUUAAGACUGCACUUAAAUUAAGUACUGGGUAGUACUAAUAGUCUUCAUGUACUUAAUGGAUACUUGUUGUUUGGAACUGUGAGUCCACUUUGUUUAUGUAAAUACUAUUGUUUAUAAAAUUGCAAUGCAAAAUGCUGCCAAUGUUUAGUUUUCAUCGCUAGAUCCAUUCAUUUUAUUAUAGUUAUUUUCUCAUUUAUCAUGAUCUCAGUCUGUAAACCUUUGCUGCUAGAAUUAGUUAAUUUGUAAUACUAGGGUGAUUUUAUAACAAUUGUUUAAUAUACCGGUAAUAAAAUAUACAAUACACCACUUCACUUGCAAGAUUACAAACUC